CGACACAGUAGCACUCCACUUCCAUCGUCCGAAUACAGCUCGCUCAACAAAGCAACACAAGCCGCUCCACCAGCAGAAGUAGCAGAUCUCCUGUUUGGAGUUCGAAACAGAUUCCGGAUUCGAAACUUCGUUGUUCUUCUUCGUGAGGCUAGGAUCUUUGAGCGAAGCAAGGGAAGGCACAAGAUAACAUCAUGUCUGAGGAACGUCUUUGGAAGUUCAGAAAGCCAGAAUGGAUGAAUAGUGCUACGGCGAGGAGCGCGGGAGUCUAUGGUGCUGGUGCGCUGUUCUCCCUAGCAUUCUUCACCCUCCUCGACGCGGCCGUCUGGUCGCACAGCUCCCGCAACGGCUCCAACAUCCACAUCAACUUCAUCGACUGGCUCCCCCUCAUCUUCUCGUCGCUCGGCAUGCUGAUCAUCAACUCCAUCGAGAAGACGCGGCUCUCGGCCGACAGCUUCUCGUACAGCGGCUCCGGGGUCGCGUGGAAGGCCCGCGUAGUGCUGUUCCUGGGCUUUGCGUCGCUGGCGGGCGGCAUGGCGGGCGGCGUCACGGUGCUGGUGCUCAAGUAUGUGGUGCCGCAGGCGCCAUGGCCGACGGUUUAUAUGGGGAUUGCGAAUGUGGUUAGUAAUGGGUUGGUUAUGCUUAGUUCGGUGGUGCUUUGGAUUAGCCAGAAUAUGGAGGAUGAGUAUUCGUAUAACUUGGCUCUGUGAGGUGGGCGAAGAUGGAGUGGGAAUAGGAAGGUGGGAGGGAGAUUGAAAGCUGGAAGAUAGGUCUGAAAGGCAUUUAUGGAGUUUGCAAUUAGUGGAAGCCGGUGAUUUUGGGUGAGAGGAGCUGUGUGGUGGAGGAAAGGCGUGGAUAUCAAUGAGGAACAUGAGCACUUUCGAGACUCGAAUAUCAUCUUUUGUAGCAUAAGUUUGUGGUUAUAGCAAGCGUUUUACUGACC